UAUAGCUGGAAAUUCAUUAAACCUCGCUGUAAUGCCGGGGCGCGAUCCAUUCAACCAAAAUUCAGGUCGGUCCGAACGGGAAAAGUGGUUCGCCUCAAAAGGUGGACCAGUUUUUUCGAAACUUUUCCGGUUGGACCGAACCGAUCCAUUGAUUUUUGCACCGCAAUUUCCGGAAAUUUUGGUUGAAUGGAUCGCGCCCCCGGUCAACAUUCGCGGGUAACAGUGCACUCUUUCCCUCUGACGACAUAGAUUUUGGAAUGUGCCCUUUGAGGGGAAACAGUUUCAUUUGUUUGAUGUCAUGUGCGCGCUGUUAGGAAGAAAUUUCCAGCUCUAUAACAAUUGGCAUUAUAGCGGAGCAUCAUGGGUACGAAAAUCUGCUUAUCUAUGCAGUCAAGAAAUUCUGGUUCUGACAAAGUCGUCUGUACGUACGUCCACCCUAUAUUCAUGUAGCUGGGGUGAAAUUUUGCAUUUCAAGCACCCCGCGCGGGAAAAUCGCAUGGCCACCCGGACUGUAAGAGAGAAAAAAGAGCAAUAAAGCCCAGUCUUUCUUAGAGCGAGAAAUAGUUACUUGCGUAGCAAGAAUAUCAAAGAACUUUAGAUUCAAGGACAAGGAUGAAUACGAGUACGAGAUUUGACUUAAACGUUUUUUGGCGUAUUCCCAAAAUAUAGACAAAGCUUCAUUUUAUCAUUUUUCUCUAGAAAAGUUAGCACUGUUAUCUUAAGUGAAGGAGGUUUCACCCUCUCCCAAUCGCAAAAUGAUAAAACUUCUAAUAUUUGAUAACUUUUUCCCGCCACUACGACAUUCUCGCUAAAACUCGUAGCAGAGUGACGACGGCUACCACGUUUUCCCGCCAAAAUGACUCUGGUUCAAGCGCGAGCACUACUUAUUAGUACUCAGAAAAUCUCGUACUCGUUGUUGUACUCGUCUUAGAAUCUAAAGGCCUCUAUCUACUUGUCGCGGACUACCGGACAGAACUUUCUUCGAGUCCUGAUGUUGAAGCAAUCAGCAUCAAACACUGUUACAUUGUUUUUUUGUAGCUGCUGACGUGGGGGAUACUGGUGCUGAGUUUGACAGAGUUUUCCUUCAAGAGUUGAGAGAUCUCAAAGUGUUUGUCAACGAUAAAGAUAUAGUGGAUGAACACAAAAGGUAAAAAUUUCAUUAACUUAUAGAAGGCAGCUGUAAACAUUCCGUUAUUUUUUUAAAAUCUGUUUUCUUUUCUUUUGUAGCGAUGUUUGACACCGUAAAAUAUGCAGGAUUUUAACGUUCAACCAAAAAGUUCGCGCGUAUAGUAAACUUCUGCUAUAUCAUGAGCCACACGAAUUCCGAACCCUACUCCAGAGAUUUAGUGUUCGGUGCAGUACAUAUUGUAACAAAAAAUAAAGAAACAUAAAUUCGUGUUUUGUUUUGUUUUCUUAUUCACAUUAUUGUGACAAGUAAGUAACUAUAUUGUGACAAGUAAUAUGUUCAUGGCUACAACACCAGAGGCCAUGAUUUGCUGCCUCCUCCUCCUGUGAAAACUGCUAAAUACCAAGGAAGCUUUAGAAUACACGGUGCUAGCUUGUUCCAGGGGCCCGUUUCUCGAAAGUCCCGCUAAUCAACUUGCCCGGUAAGCUGUGUCUGUUUACAUUAAAGAUCGAGGUUUCAAUAGUUUUGCAUCUGACAUGAUAAAACUAUCAGUUAAUGAAACGAAAUGGAGUAGUUUGCUAGCCUGGACCCGCGCUCUUAUUCUUUAUAUUUCGAUUUGAAUAUUUGAUUUCGGGCCCGAAAAGUUACCGGGACUUUCGAGAAACGGGCCCCAGGUAGGUGAAAGGCACGCGAAAUUAUGAGCACGUGAUCUGGUGCUUUGUCAAUUUCGCGGACUCGACUAUCUCGGAGCCUGGAACAGGCUAAAACAGUGCUCGCACAUACAACACUCUACCGGAAAACAUCAGGCAAAUAGCCACGCUCGGUGAAUCAUCUUAGACAAUUAUAACCUGUACAUGUUGCCACAGUAAAUAAAUGUCUUGUCUCUUUUAUUUUUAAAUGGGUUUGUUUGUGUCAGGGCUCCAUUUAAACUAGCUCUGCUAAAUUGGAUGCUCCUGGAUAAAUAUUGCUUUAAAUAAAUUUAAAUAAAGCCGUAGAUUAUUUACCAUGAAUAGGAGAAUGUUUAAAAUGUUUGCUAUCUUUUACAGAGUUUUUGAUUAACCUUAAGAAUGUUUAAGUAACAACUUUGUUUCUCUCUCUUUUUUAGUUUAGUUUGCAUUGACAUAAGCAAAAAGUUCACCAAAAAGCUUACGAAGUCCGUGGAAGCGAAUUUUAAGGUACAACAGUUUAGUUGAAAAGUAAACCGGGAGCUUCUUCUUUUUAGACAGCGUGCAACAGUUUCUUUUCGAAAUUACCUCGUUUUUGACUUUGAAAGUAGCAUGUGGUAGAAAUUUGGCCGAAGAGGAUUGGAACAAGCAAACGAAUCGUCCCAUUCCCUCUCGGUGGCACGUUCGAAAUACGCGCGCGGGAAAGCAAAAUGAGCAGUCUACUUGAUUCGGUUUAUACUAUAAAAACACUGGACUGACCAUCCAGAGUAGUUUAUGAACCAGAGUUAACCAUAGUAGUGUGCAACAAGGAGAAGGGCUUGCGCAAUAAGGACGGCGAGAGGAGAAAAUAAAAUGGUGUUUCAAUUUGUCAUAAGUUUCGUAGGCGUUGUGCUGUAGUCGUUAUCGGCUGUUUGAGUGGGUCCGGCUUUGCCGUAGUAUCAUAUUUGGACUGGAUGCUUGAUAUCGUCUCUCAUCACGCGACAAUAGAGACCUUUAGAUUCUAAGACGAGUACGAGUACGAGAUUUUCUCUAUACUAAGUAGUGCUCGCGCGUGAUGCAGCGUCAUUUUGGCGGGAAAAUGUGGUAGCCGUCGUCAUUCUACUACGAGUUUUAGCGCGAAUGACGUGCUGGCGAAACCAAGAUAACAACUGUUUUACCAUUUUGCGAUCGGGAAAGCGCGUAACCUCCUUCACUUAAGAUAACAGUGCUAACUUUUCUAGUGAAAAAUGGUAAAAUGAAGCUUUCCUGGAAGUCUAUAUUUUGAGAAGACGCAAAAAACUUCAAUUCAAAUCUCGUACUCGUAUAGUCGUUCUCGUCCUCGAAUCUAAAGGUCUCUAAUAUCAUUUUAGUGAAGCCCACUUGAAACAUUAAUGCCUUUUGAAUGAUGUAUUUACGCUCAUGAAUCGUAUUUUUUUCUAUUUCUAGACACUCUGUCGAUCCCUGCUUAAUAUAGCAGCUGGUCUCAUCCACAGCAAGGAGGUUAAGGAUGUUUUAAGUGACUUUGUGGAAAAGGUAGGGUUUGUUUUCGUUACAACCGUAACUCGAAAUUACAGCAACACAACUACGCCUCAGUUGCUGCUGCACUGUGACUUCAACAGAGUUUUGCAAGUCAGGUUUUACCCUGUAAAAUUAGCACACCCUUACGUUGGUCUGUAGUAAGGUGUUCGCCGAAGUCACUUUUAAGAGCAUUGGUAUAAGGUCUCUCUCUGGUAAUUCUUCGAUCACGAUCGAGACGGUAACCCUAUUGCGUUUGCGAUAGUUGUACCGUUAUCAUUGUGUCUGGUUUAUUUUAUUACGAUCGCGAUUACUAUAGCGCUAUCGCAAUAGUUCUAUUUCCGAUAAUUGUAUCGUUUUCGUGUUAGUUUUAUCGCGAUAGUUGUACCGCGAUUGCGAGAUGUAUCGCUUUUGUGAUAGUUUUGUCGCGGUUGCUCUUUGGUGAUUGCCUUUGUUACAUUGCAAUUACCUUAUCGCUAUUGCGAUGGUUGGGUGUGCGGUUUGUCUAUGGCGAUCGCGAUAGUUGUAUCGCGAUUGUUGUGCUUUCGCUUCAUUGCUGUAUCGCCAUCGUGACAGUAAGCUGUUGUAUAGCGAUUACUAUAUAGCGAUCUCCAGAACUGUAUCGCGAGCACUCUAUAGCGAUCGCAAUUGCUAAAUUGCUAUUAUUGAAUCGCCUUCGCUCCAUCGCCAUCGCGAUGGUUGUAUGACAACUGUUCUAUCGCGAUUGCGAUCACUUAAGCGGGACACCGGACUCAACCCUGCAUCUCCUCAAUGAAUACCAAGCAAGUGAGAUUUAAACGGGUUGUGUAGAUACGGGGCGCUUACUCUAUUCGAAAUAGCUGGUUGAGCGUGUCAUACUACUUCUUAAUUUUAAGAACAUAAAGAAGGUUGAGAAGCAUUGACAAACGGUCUCAAAAUGCCCCCCUCCCUCCCCCCAAAAAUGUCGAGAGAAUGUCAAGCCUUUUAUUAUGCUAUACAGCCAAUUUGAUAGCUAGUACUAGCCUUUGGUGAUUCAGUGUUCUUUUAAGGUUUUUUUUACUUUAGGAGGCCGAGGGCCCCAUCCUCUGAAAUGAAGCCCCGAAGGAAUUUAACGGGGGCCAAGCUAUCCGUACACGUAUAUGUCAACAAACAUACGCCACGCCGCAACAAGCGCACGCACUCGAAAGGGUUUUGCGGUUAGUACUACAUGUAUGACCCUAUUAUAGUUGUUUUGUGAUUAAAGAUUGCGGUGAUAUGCCAUUACGCCACGUGUGUGUGACCAACGAUGAUAAAAGUCGAUUAAACGCUUUAGACGAUGAGUGUACGAACAUUUUCUAGUUCUUCUACGCGUUUGGCUCGUUGCCUCCUCUCUUAGGCACUCCUUUGGCGGGAAUUCCGCGGGAAUCCCCCGGCCUGGUAAAACACUGGUAAUUGGUUUCGUUUUCUUUUUUAUUCACGACAGUUUAUAGAACCAUGCAAGCAGCUUGAAUGGGACUCUAAGGAGACUGAAAUUUUUCUUGGAUCUUUAGUGGAUACAUGCAUCAAACUCGACUCCUUAUACACGUACGUGUGAACCUAUCACUCCCAGAUUGAAUACAUGCAUUAAUGUAGUGAUGACUUUUGAGUGUGGGGACGAAAUUUUGUGGUAUGAUCAUCCCAAUGAAACCUCUUUAACAUGAUAAAAUAACGUGGGAAUUUUCUCGUCUUUUGUUGGCGGGAGCUUUUGUGAAAGUAGGGUUUUCAUACUUCUCCCGUGGAUCCUUUAUCAGGGUCGUGUCCGCAGUUGCCUAGCAACACAACCACGACAAACAAAACCGUAAGCCCGGACUUUGGAAGCCUUAAUUUAUCAACAGCAACAACUUCAAGCCAUGAACAACAAAAGUCUGCGUAGUGUUCGACUUGUGAACAACGUUUUUGGCAGUUCGUGAGCAGGAAACGGCUCAAAUAGCCUCAAAAGGCUAUAAGGGGUUUUAGGAUUUCUUAAUGUGAUGGCAUUCAGUCUUCCUAUCAUGAGACUGAUCCUGGUUUCGAGUCCUGGUUAAGUGAUUUUUUUCCUGGUUUUGCCCCCUUUAAUUCCUAUCGUUAUAUCUUUCCCCCGAGCUCCGCUUGGUCAGUCUGCGAGGCAGGUAUUUUAAGUAUUCCAUUGUUCUAGGUUAGAAUGCUCCGGUACUAGCGCUGGAUUUUGUCUCAACAGGUCCAACCUGGAACGCUUGAUUCCAGUCUACUCUCGCUUCAUGACAGUGUCACAGAAGUGUAUAGUUAGAAUGUACCACGAGUGAUCUCCUAGCAAGGAAUCAAGCUCGGUAGUACUCUGUUCAGGAGGGCUCCGUGACGUGACUCGGCAUUAACGCCUUUAUUGUCGUGCGGAUGUCCGAUUUACAGCCAAAGUAGGAAACUUACGGCAAAUCACCCUGAUAAAAAGAUCCUUCAAACCCUUCCACUUUUUUAAUUGUCUUUUAGAUUCGUUUGUGAUCUAAAAAGAACAGACCCAACGCAACUAGAAAUGACCUUAUGACAAUAGCUCGCGGCCAAUGAACACGCAGCAGUUUCCACAGUUACUGUUAAAUGGUACAUGGAUGGUUGUAGCUAAAAAAAUAUAUUAAAAAGCGUGAUAGACGUGCGAAUUUGCGCAGAUACGAUCAAGGCCCAUGUUCACAAAUCCGGACUUUUUUGAAACCGCAUAAAAUUAUUUUUUAUCUAGGUUCGUGUGAAUGGGACUUUACACUGCUUUGGAGAGCAGCUUCAAAACAAUGCGGUUUCGGUGUUCGGAUUCUCUGGUUUCGUGUCGGUGAGGGUAAAAGGCGGAAUGAGUGUGCGGAAUGGCAUGAGGCAUGGCUUGCGGAAUGACAUAAUUACGCAGAAUGUAAUAUACGGAAAAUAGCGCAAAGAAAUAAAUUAAACAGAGAAACGCUGCCGCGCGUUUUUUGGUUGCUAAUUUGAAGGAGCAACCGCUUAGCCGUCCUGUUUAUUAAUGCUGGCCCAAACCAACAAGGCAGAGCAGCACGUUGGAGUUCACGAGGAUUUAUAUGGAGGAAAUCUCUUCUAGUGGCGGUAAGCAUUACUCAUGUUUACUGCAUUUCUUUCGCCUUAAUGCAGUCAACGAAUCAGAUCAUAUUUGAGACCAAAUGAACGCCCCGGGUCAAACAUUAACCUUUAGUCCAGAAAUCGAGUGAAGCGAACUGCUCUGUGUCUCCUUUCCGAGUCUCUUCGCACCUCUCUUGUUUUUGUGGUGUGUGCAAUUGAUCGUGAAAAAUGGUAAAAGUAGGAAAGAAAAAGAAAAGAAAGAAAGGAAAAAAUAAAAACCCACACUCAAUUGGCAGGGUUCGAACUCGCGCCUCUCCGCCAGCUGCCAUGGGCUGAAGCCCCCCCUUCCCCCCCUUCCCCCCUUCCCCCCCCUUCCCCCCCUUCCCCCCUUUUACAUCUUAAGCAACUCAGAUUUUUGGGAGGCAAGAGAAAUUUGGGCAAAGCCAGUUUUAAAAAAGUUUCCAUGUUUUUUUAUUAUUUCGAAGAGAAAGAUUUUCUAUUUUAACCCGAAGUCGG